CGCGCUGUGGUCCCGCCUCCCCACUCCUUAGCAAGUUAGCAUCCUGGCUCCCUCCUGCCGUGCUCCGGUGCCAGGGCGUCCGUCCAGCCAGCCAGCCAGUCGCCGCCCGCCCGGCCGCCCGUCCAUCCCUCCUCCUCCCUCCUCCCUCCAUCCUUCUGCUCCUUCCCCCCCAGGCCCCGGGCUCCGGCCUUCGGCCUUGGGGACCAGUCCCAGGCUGGAAGAAGGGGAGCCUGGAAGGGGGGCACGGCCAUGGAGGGGGGCUCGAGCCGGGGGGGCCCGGAGGAGGCUGCUGCUGCUGCGGCUGCGGCUGUCGCCGACGCGGCCCCCAACCCCUUCGUCCACGAGCUGCAGCUGACCCGCCUGCAGAAAGUCAAGUUCUACAUCCUGGGAGUCGUGCUGGCCCCGAUCCGCGUCGCUUUGGCCUUUGUGGCCCUCUUCCUCGUCUGGCCCUUUGCGCUGCUGCAGGUGGUGGGGCUGCCGGACGAGACCCUGCAGGAGCCGUUCUCGGGAUGGCGGAACACGGUCUCCCACAGUUCCGUCUACUGGCUGAGCCGCCUGAUGUUCUUCCUGCUAGGCUUCAUGCGGAUCCGGGUGCGGGGACAGAGGGCGUCGCGGCUCGAGGCGCCCGUCCUGGUGGCUGCUCCGCACUCCACCUUCUUCGACCCCAUUAUCCUGCUGCCCUGCGAUCUCCCCAAGGUGGUGUCUCGCACCGAGAACCUCCACGUGCCAGUUAUUGGAGCCCUGCUGAGGUUCAACCAGGCCAUCCUGGUCUCUCGCCAUGACCCGGCUUCUCGCAAGAAGGUGGUGGAGGAAGUGAAGAAACGGGCAACUUCCUGGGGAAAGUGGCCGCAGGUACUUUUUUUCCCAGAGGGAACCUGCUCCAACAAGAAAGCCUUAUUGAAGUUUAAACCAGGUGCCUUCAUAUCUGGUGUCCCCAUCCAGCCGGUACUCAUUCGAUACCCCAACUCUGUGGAUUCAACCACCUGGGCGUGGAGAGGGCCAGGAGUGUUGAAAGUCAUCUGGUUAACAGCAUCCCAGCUCUGCACUACUGUGGAAGUGGAGUUCCUCCCCGUGUACCAGCCGAGUGCCGAAGAGGCAGUGAACCCCACACUCUAUGCUAACAAUGUCCAGAAGGUCAUGGCCAGAGCUCUGGGGAUCCCGGCCACAGAAUGUGAGUUUGUGGGCAACCUUCCAGUCACUGUAGUGGGGCGCCUCAGAGUGGCCCUGGAACCACGCAUCUGGGAACUGGGCAAGGUACUCCGGAAGACCAGGAGCCUAACGGGGGGAGUCAGGUGUCCAUUGGAUUCACUGCCUGUUUGCACAUCAGAGUGGCUAGGGCCAGCAGAAGUGGCUCAGUGGCUGGGGUUGACCUGCCCUGAGGCUGUCGAUGGACUCCGCAUAUUUUUUCAGCAGGACAGUGAUGGCAACAUGGACUCCCGGGAGGUGGCCCUGGCACUGGAGGCACUAGAAGGAGAGCAUGACCCACAGCAACUGACAUGCCACGCCUUUGAGUUGUUCUCGGCAGCGGAUGCUGGGACAGGGGACCACCGGUUGCGCCAGGACGGCUUCUGUGCCAUUUUGCAUCUCCUGCUGGGCACACCCACUGCAGAUGGGGCUGAACUCUAUAGCCGGCUCUGUGGGGACCACAUCCAGGACGGACUGACCCUUGAUGAGUUCCAGGAUUUUUCCCUCCGGCACCCUGACUACGCUCGCCUCUUCAGCACGUACCUGCACCCCCCUGUGGCCUGCACUCUGCCCAAGCCUGGCCUCCCGCUCACCUAUGCUAACGGCGCCCCUGCUGCCCCUCCCAAGAGCAAGGCAGACUGAACCUCCCGAACUUCUUUAGCCAUGUGUAUAGAACAAAAAGGAAAACCAAGAACACACACACAGCCAUGCCACAUCCUUGGCCACGCAAACCCUGCCCCCCUGCGCGCUUGCUUGGUCCUGGCCACUAUGGUGGCUGGGCAGAGGGGGGGCGGAGACACCCCCAUCUCAGGGCAACCGUAACCGGGGAAUCACAGCCGCAAGUUCUUUGGGGAUUGGGGCUUCUCUCCGUUUAUUUUAAAGUUUUAUUUUUGUUAUGUUUAAUGAUAUCAUUUAUUUUAUUUUAUGUCGUCAAUUUGUUUUGUUUUUUCCCUUUUGUUUUUUUGUCAGGGGAAGGAAGGAUGGUAGGGUGAGAUACCGUUGUUUUGGGGUUUAUUUUCUGUUUUGUAAAAUAUAAAAAAGUGCUAUUUUAUAUAUAAAAUAAAUAUCUAUAUCUCUAUAAUAAAAGAUAUAUGUAUUAAGUUUUAAAA